AUGAAGAAGAAGGUAGAUGUCGCCACGCAUGGAGGCAGGAGGAGGAAGAGCCUCUACGAGCUGUCUCUCACCGUGGCCCUCCCCCUCUGGUGCCUCCUCUUCGUCCUCCACUCCCGCUUGGGGCACGGCGACCGUCGUCGAGAUUUGUCGUCCGAUGGCGAUGGCAGCGGCAACCUCUGCAGAAGCACACAGUUAGAAUCGUAUUUUCCUUUUAUGCAGAACAAUACCUUCAGUUGCUGCGGAUUGAAAGAACCCGAAAACCCAAUGAGAGAAUUGAUUGGAGUUGAAGAAGCCAUCGCGAAUGGGAAAGCUUCGGAAGAAGAGAAGGGAAGAAACUGUAGUCGGGCGAAAGAAAAGGCCGAUCCGCCCACGCAAUCUGGCUACAUCGGGCUGGAUGAGUUCCGGAACCAGACGCUGCGAAGAAAGGAAAGCGAUGCAGAUAAGCUGCACGGCAAAAUCACCCACAGACUGGAGCCUGGUGGCUUGGAGUAUAACUACGCCUCCUCCGCCAAGGGCGCAAAAGUGUUGGCCCACAACAAGGAGGCAAAAGGGGCAGGAAAUAUACUGUGCAGGGACAAAGACAAGUACCUUCGGAACCCGUGUUCUGCGGUCGACAAGUUCGUCGUCAUAGAGCUCUCCGAGGAGACGCUGGUCGAUGCCAUCGAGAUCGCAAAUUUGGAGCACUACUCAUCCAACUUCAAGGGUUUCGAGCUGUUGGGGAGCUUGAGCUACCCAACAGAGACAUGGACGCCGCUCGGCGUCUUCUCCGCGGAGAACGUGAAGCACGCCCAGCGGUUCAUGCUUCCGGAACCGAAGUGGACGAGGUACAUGAGGUUAAGCUUGGUCAGCCAUUACGGCUCAGAGUUCUACUGCACGUUGAGCUAUGUAGAAGUCUACGGUGUAGAUGCCAUAGAGCGGAUGCUGGAAGAUCUUAUUGUGGUUCCGGUGGAACCUGCAACCAAUCAAAUGUCCGUGGAAGCAGAUCCCAAGUCUGGUGACAAGGUUGAGGCUGCCCAGGUUCAUGGUGGGGAUGAUGUUCAUAGCAAAGCAGACCCUAACAAGUCGAGCACGCUUCAUCCUGUGAAAGAAGGCAGGCAGCAAUUAACUGGUAGAGUACCGAGUGAUGGAAUUCUGAAGAUUUUGAUGCAGAAGAUGAGAUCAAUGGAGCUCAGUCAGUCCAUUUUGGAGGAGUACAUAAAAGAACUCAAUCGAAGAUACGGUGAAGCUCUCCCAGAUCUACAGAAGCAGUGCUCGGAGAGUGCUCUGGUACUACAGAAAAUGAGUUCAGAGAUCAAGGAAAUGAUGGAAUGGAAGGAGUGUAAGGAGAAGGAACUUACUGACCUUGAGAACUGGAAAGCCUCUGUCUCAGCUGAACUAGAUGCUUUGGUCAAAGACAAUGCCUUGUUCAGAGCAAAUAUUGAGAAGAUACAGAGCAGCCAAGAUUUACUAGAGAGCAAGGAGCUUACCGUAAUUUCCAUUAGCCUAUUUUUGGCAUGCUUCGCAUUCUUUAAGUUGGUGUUUGCCCGAGUUCUGACGUUGUUCAAGACUUGUGAAUCUGACAUGAGAAACAGGAACAAGAGGGAAUGGCUCCUAAUAUUUGUGAGCAGCAGCUUAACAAUUCUCAUAACCUUAUUAUAUGGCUGAUCUCAUUUCUGCCGAGCAGUGCGUUUCACUUCUUGCAGCAUCAGAUCAGCUUAAUCAUCAGGAAAUUUUUACAAAAACUCCACAUGUUUCGGAUGUAUAUAAUUCUUGUAGCCAACUUCUUGUUAGUGUAAUCAAAUCCUACUUCAAGAUCGAGUUGCCAUCUACUGUUUGCUCCUCGAGGGGGUUUCAGUCAAUCUGUACUUUUCAUUCGGUGCAAAGAAGUUACGA